AGCCAAUGCAUGUUUUGCAUUGGCCCGUAGCCAUUUUGGCUCAAGAGUUUGUGUGUCGAGGCGUGUCUUCUUCAACACGCAGGCGGUCAAAAUUUGACAGCUUUCACUUCCAACACGGUGUCAUGACUACGAUAGCGUCGGCGACUGCUCGCUCAGUCGUCGCCGUCCUACGCGUCUUCACAAUAGCCGAUGCCAAAGUCAAGGACCAGUUUUGGGGAUAUCUCGACGAGAUGGCAGGUGAGGGGAAGGAGAAAAGCGAUGUGAUUACCGUUGCAGAGAUACUCGACCGUGGCGCUGGUGUGCAGAUUGAGGACUGCGGCGGUAAAGAGUGACGCGAUGUCUAUUGCUCGCGCGGAGUUCGACCGGGCCCACCUCCAGGUUCGCGCUUACAGGGAUCUCUCGAACAAUGUGUCGGGGGGGACUCAACGUCCAGAUGUACAAGGGCUCGGCUGCUGAGGGUUCGUCUACAGGAGACUGGGUGAAGCGUGAGCUCGCAUGGCACAGCGUCCUUCACACAUACGAGGAGGACUUGUGCAAACACUUUGGGAAAAGCCACAGCAGACGCGGAAGCCCCCUUCCACCUGGGAACAUUGAGCUUCGCGUCGCCCUCGAUACGUUGCCACCGAUGGUGAUUGCUGGCGGCUACAAGUUGAAAAUCAAGGUCAUCGAUUCCGCGGGCAAGGCCAUGACGUGCUUGCGGGUGCAUGUGGAUGUCCCCCAAGGCAAAAGUGGCGAGCUGUUCCGCAGGGCCCAAGCGCUGCCGAUGGCACAUGCAGGACGGGCUCUGAUGUCUGGAGCCGAAGGCUGUAACUGUCCCUACUCAGACCCCGUAUGUGGUGAAGACGGCCAGACAUAUGACAGCACCUGUCAAGCCAGCUGUGCCACUAUUGAUACAGCUUACUUGGGCAAGUGUGACUACCAGGUAGUUCGUGAUGGGCGAGCCCUCAGUUCGGGGCUCUGCGCGGACGGCUGCUACAACGGGUGGCCGGGCGACGGCGCCUGCGACAGCGCGUGCUACAAUUGGGAGUGCAACUAUGACGGAGGCGACUGCGACGCCCCGCGACUGCGACGCCGCGCCACAUCCAGAGCCAGAGACGACGACCAACAAGGAGCCAGGUGUGUGCGAAGAUGACGAUGCCGCCCUCGUCUCUUUCUUCCAAUAGAAUAAUGUUUCCCUGUUCACUGGUUGCGGGGAAGCUGCUGGCAUGUGCUUAAUCGACAACUCACUGUUGCAAGGCAUAUGUUGCCAAACGUGUGCUGCAGCUAUGAUGGAGUGCAAGGACUAUAACGACGUACUCGGUAUAUUAGAAGUGGGGUCUGACGAUUGCAGCGAAGUGGCUGGCUGGGGCUGGCGUCCUUAUUUCGUGGAGGGCUCGUGUUGCGAAGCAUGCUCUGGGGAGGCCACGACCUGCGCGGACGGCUGCUACGACGGGUGGCCGGGCGACGGCACCUGCGACAGCGCGUGCAACAAUUGGGAGUGCAACUAUGACGGAGGCUACUGCGACGCCACGCCAGAGCAGAGCCAGAGCCAGAGCCUGAGCCCAAGAUGUGGUGGACAACGACCGACAAUGAGCCAGGUGUGUGCGAAGAUGACAAUGCCGCCCUCGCUUUUUUUCCAGCAGCAUGAUGCUUCCGGGCUUACUGGUUGCGGGGAUGCUGCUGGCAUGUGCUUCCUCGAUUUUGAGCUGCAAGGCUCAUGUUGCCAAACGCGUGUUGCAGCUAUGAUGGAGUGCAAGGACUAUAACGACGUACUCGGUAUAUUAGAAAUGGGGUCUGACGAUUGCAGCGAAGUGGCUGGCUGGGGCUGGUGUCCUUAUUUCGCGGAGGGCUUGUGUUGCGAAGCAUGCUCUGAGGAGGCCACGACCUGCGCGGACGGCUGCUACGACGGGUGGCUAGGCGACGGCAUGUGCGAUAGCGCGUGCAACAAUUGGGAGUGCAACUAUGACCGAGGCGACUGCGACGAAGAGCCGCCGACCGACCCUGAAGGACUCGACUGCGGUCAGUGUACCGACGCUGAUAGGGGACUGCGCGUUCAACGUAUCCGCAGAGCUUGCUUCGUGCGGAUCAGGAUACGAGUUUGUGUACGGGAACUACUGCUGCAAUUUCUGCUACGAUCCCAGCUUGCAUUUUUCUGGUUGCGCCUUAUGGUCAGCUGCUUGGGCUUACAGUCCUACACUCAUGCCCUUUCUGUUGGGCGUGACUGCGGUGUUGCAGUGAGGCAGUGCCGCUGCGCAUUAUUUUUAAGUGCGUAAAACAAAUGUUCUUCUGUCUUUAUCGAUAUCGAAGUUCAAGCCAGUCCAAUUAAUCGUUCGGCCGGGCGGCCCUCGGGCGGAGCCGCUCUUGUCCAGUCGAGGCUUUUUUUGAAUGCCGGGUUUAUGUUUUUGAAGGAGG